UACACCCUUUAUACCGCCACGUCGCCACUUCUCCUUCGGUGAGGAGAGUUUGUCACUCUUUCUCUCUCUACCCUUGGCUUGGCCACUCCACAACAAAAACACACUUCAUUUUCCUCCGCUCCUCAAUAGUAGCGGUGUAUGCUCCCGAUCAUCGCUCUCUCUAGGUUUCUAGAUUGCUUCUUAUUUUCGUUUUCUCGUUCUUUUCUGCGGGCCUGAUGAUUUGCCAUCUGUGGUAGAAGUUAAUCCGAUUCUAUUCGGAUAAACUGGAUUCGGAUCUCCUCCGAUCUUCUCUUUGAUCCGGAUUUCGAACGUUGAUCUUCUUGCUGCGAUUCAGAUACAUACCUUUUACAUUUGUUUUUUAAUCCGAGAAAAGCUGUAAACUUUACGUUGACAAUGGCCGUGGAUAAUCACCUCCAGAUGUGUUUUUGCUGCUCGGCCAGCCAGCUAUUUUGAGCAUGUUAUGCAACAGUUUUUUGAGGUCACUAAAUCUUUGGACGGGAUAUACUGGGCGGUAUACCAACGUCAGAUAUUUUAGCUAUAUAACUGGAGAUUUGAAUGCCACUCGAAGCCUGAAUUAUUUGCGGGGUUGUAAGCUCGGACAAACAAGAAAGAUGAUGGUGGAUUGUGAUGCUUCUGCUGAAGGAUCUAUGUUUGAUAUUUUACCUGAGAAGCAUGAUUAUGGAGGCUAUGCUAGUGGCGGAUGGAAGAGCAAGGAUGGAAUGUUAAGUUGUGGAUAUUCCACCUUCAGAGGAAAGAGGGCUAGCAUGGAGGACUUUUAUGACAUCAAGUCUUCCAAGGUAGAUGGCCAGUCAGUCUGCCUCUUCGGCAUAUUUGAUGGUCAUGGUGGUGCUCGUGCUGCCGAAUAUUUGAAGGAACAUCUCUUUGAGAAUCUCCUGAAACACCCACAAUUUAUUGCAAACACAAAAUUGGCUAUAAGUGAAACAUAUCAGCAAACGGACAGGGACUUUUUGGAUUCUGAAAAGGAAACCUUUAGAGAUGAUGGCUCAACAGCUUCAACAGCAGUUCUUGUUGGGAAUCACCUUUAUGUUGCAAAUGUUGGUGAUUCUCGAACUAUUAUAUCAAAGGCCGGGAAAGCAAUCCCACUAUCAGAAGAUCACAAACCAAAUCGAAGUGAUGAGAGAAAGAGAAUUGAAAGUGCUGGAGGUGUUGUCAUGUGGGCAGGUACUUGGAGGGUUGGGGGUGUCUUGGCCAUGUCUCGUGCUUUCGGCAAUCGCAUGCUUAAACAGUUCGUUGUGGCUGAACCUGAGAUUCAGGACCUGGAGGUUGACCAGAACCUUGAACUGCUUGUGCUUGCAAGUGAUGGACUUUGGGAUGUUGUUCCUAAUGAGGAUGCUGUUUCAAUAGCACAAACAGAGGACGACCCAGAAUGUGCCGCACGGAAACUGACUGAGACGGCUUUCACUCGUGGCAGUGCCGACAAUAUCACGUGCAUUGUUGUCAAGUUCCACCAUGCCAAAGCGGGUCCUAUAGAAAGUCAUCAAAAUCUUGAGCCCAAUCCCGAACCAAACAAAACUGAUGAAAACAACAAACAAAACUUCAACAAUCCCAAGGAAGCCAAUGAGUCCUUAAAAGUUGAGCCUGAGGAAGCCCGUCAGAAUUUUAAAGCAGACGCUGUUGAAACCGUCCAGGGUUGAAGAAUAUUUGGACGUGGAAUUUUGCGGCGUUUUGCAAUUGCUGAUGCGCGAUUUGGGAGAUGAGAGGUUGUGAUUUGUUAAUUUAUUAAUUUGUUUCUUCUACUUUGUUUUUGCGAUUUUAUGUGUAUUUGUUUGGGUUGAUGGUCAUAAAGUUGUUCCAUGUUCUCUCUUUUCGUUUUUUCAAUGUUUAAUUUAAAUGGGUGGUGUAUUGUUGAAAUAAAAACAGGAGUAACACUAGAGUUUUUCUGGUGAGCCGUUAAUGUAUGUCAUGUUACCUUUGUUGAUUCAGUUACUAAAUGUAAAAGAAUUUUGGAUGAGCCAAAUUCUUACGCAAGGGCAGGCUGAUGUCUGGUCCCCAUCAAUAGUUCGAAUUUGCCCUUAACAAUUUAAUUUUAGUUUUAUGUUUUGGCAUUCUUUGAAGCGUGCUUGCUCCAAUUCUUGGAUGCGACUGUCAUUCAUCGACAUAGUUACCUUGACAUACUGUCUGUGUGGGUGUGAAUUUCAUCAUAAGGUAAUGUCCAGG